AUGCCGGCCAAGCUCAGCAUCAACGAUGUGGAUGUCGCUGGAAAGCGGGUCUUCAUGAGAGUGGACUUCAAUGUGCCCCAGGACAAGGCCGACCCCACGAAGAUCACCAACACUCAGCGCAUUGACGGAGCCCUGCCCACCAUCAAGAAGGUGCUUGAGAAGGGCGCCAAAUCCGUGGUCCUGGCCUCCCACCUGGGCCGUCCUGAUGGCUCUGUCGUGCCCAAGUAUUCCUUGGCGCCGGUAGCGAAGAUCCUGGAGGAGAAGCUGGGCAAGCCAGUCACGUUUUGCACCGACUGCGUCGGGCCGGAGGUGGAGGCCACCUGCGCGGACCCUGCAGCUGGCAGCGUCAUCCUGCUCGAGAAUCUUCGAUUCCAUGUCGAGGAGGAGGGAAAAGGGGUCGAUGCCGAGGGCAACAAGAUCAAGGCAGACAAGGAGAAGGUCGCCGCUUUCCGGGCAUCCAUCAGGAAACUUGCGGACAUCUACUGCAAUGAUGCGUUCGGAACAGCUCACCGUGCUCACAGCUCCAUGGUUGGGGAGGGCUUCGAAGUGAAGUGCGCGGGCGACCUCAUGGGCAAGGAGCUGGAGGCUUUCGCCAAGGUCCUGGACGAGCCCGCCAAGCCUGUCUUGGCCAUCCUCGGUGGAGCAAAGGUCAGCGACAAGAUCCAGUUGAUUAUGAACAUGCUGGACAAGGUGAACAAGAUGAUUGUCGGCGGCGGCAUGGCAUACACUUUCCUCAAGGUCAAGGACAGCAUGGCCAUCGGAUCCUCCCUCUACGAUGAGGAAGGCGCCAAGAUCGUCCCCGAGAUCAUUGCUAAGGCCGAGAAGCUCGGAGUGGAGAUCAUCCUGCCAGUUGACUUCACCUGCUCGUCCAAGUUUGGUGAGGACGGAGAGAUCAAGGAAGGUGUGACCAAGGAGGAGGGCAUCCCGGACGGCUUCAUGGGCCUUGAUUGUGGCCCCAAGUCCAUCGAGCUGAAUGCCAAGGCUGUGGCAGAGUCCAAGACCAUCAUCUGGAACGGCCCGAUGGGCGUGUUCGAGAUGUCCAAGUUCGAGAUCGGCACCAAGAAGCUCAUGGACGCCGUGGUCGAGGCGACGGGUGCAGGCGUAAUCACUGUCAUUGGCGGUGGUGACACCGCCACCGCAUGCAAAAAGUAUGGCACCGAGGACAAGGUCACCCACUGCAGCACCGGUGGGGGCGCCUCGCUUGAGCUCCUGGAGGGCAAAGAGCUGCCAGGUGUUGCAGCCCUGAACGCGAAGCAGCUUGGAGAUACAUUGCGUUCGGCCUUCGGGAGGGACCGGAAGAUCUCUAAAAGCCGACAGGAACCAGACAUUGCUGUAGAAUUGAGGGGAGCGUUGGCGGCUUAUAGAGCUUCGCUGCGCCGAUUUGGUUUGUUGAAGCUCUCGCUCGCUCUUUCGUCCUCGCUAUCUCGCCCCUUUCGUUUGACAUUCUUCAUGCGCAAAGCGGCCAGACUCGAGAUGCUCGAAUUGAUGUCAUGUUGA